AGUUCUGGAUCAAGCGCGACCUGCUGAUGUGUAUUGGUUUACUGCUCUACGCCUUGCUCUUGCAGAUGAGAAUUCGCUGAUUGAGCUGGAGUGGGCAAGCAGAUCAAAGGACAAGGGAGCAGCAUGUGAGACCAAGACGCGUAAUGGUUGGGCCGCCUGCGUUGGUCAUGCCCAGGUGAUGUCUUGAAGUUUUUGUCUUCGAUGUCCACUGCUAGCUGUAGCUUGCAUCUUGGUCGGACGGUUGUUACAGAUACCUGGCUGAGGCUGAGGCUGGCUCGUACGGUUCCGAUGCUAGCCAUAGUAGCUGCCAUACUGAAUGGCACAAUGGCACAUCAGUUGUCCCAUCCGUCUCAUAGUUUAAUUUCGACGUCAUGAGCAAGUAUCGCCCAUGACAACAAGAGCAUAUGCCUGCUGCCACAGAAAGACAUGGCGUUUUGUUCGGCGGCAGACCACGCUUGCCAACCAGAAGACGAGUGACUUGACAGACGACCAACGCGUUCAACAGUUUGGCAAAGCCUGGUCGAGCGAAUUCGGUAGUAUUCGGGAAACAUACAAGUCCUUGAAACAUCCAGUCGUCCUCUGCCAUGGAUUGCUAGGGUUUGAUACACUCUAUAUCGGAAGAAACGAUACUUAUCAUAUUCCACCGCUUGCGGUCGUACAUUACUGGCGGGGUAUCAAGGAAGCGCUCGAGCAUAAUGGUAAUACUGUCUUUGUACCCCGCGUGCCGCGGACUGCAACAGUCGAGGCAAGGGCCAGGAUCUUGAGCGAUCAAAUCAAAGAGAGAUUCAAGGAUCAGCCCGUCAACUUGAUUGGUCAUUCUAUGGGCGGCCUUGAUUGUCGGCAUCUCAUCUCUAGCAUCCGCGAAGUCAAUGUGCUCUCGCUGUCGACUGUCGCAACACCCCACAGAGGUUCGCCUUUUGCAGACUACUGCAUAGAUAUGAUUGGCGGCAAGGUACGACUACCACGUAUCUAUCGGGUCUUUGAGAAGCUGAACAUGGAUAUACGGGCAUUUGAACAGCUCACCACGGACUACGCCAACAAGGAGUUCAAUAUUAAGAAUCCAGAUGAUCCAAAGGUCAAGUACUUUAGCUAUGGCUCCUACUUCCAGCCAAACAUCUUCUCUGCCUUUCGCCUGCCGUGGAAGGUCAUUCAUGACAAGGAAGGUCCGAAUGAUGGGCUUGUAUCGGUCUAUUCAAGUCGUUGGGGCGAGUAUCAAGGCACAAUCAAUGACGCAAAUCAUCUGGAUAUCAUCAACUUUACGAAUCGUGUCGAGUACUAUUUCAUGUCGCUUGUGCAGCAAGAGCCCAACUUCAACGCAGUCGCGCUGUACCUUGGCAUCACUCACAUGCUCGCCAAGCAAGGGCUUUGAAUGACCUUUGUCAAGUCAGAUCAGAGGCUUGCAUUACACAGCCAAUGAGUCUGGGCAGCGUGGUCAAUAGUCGUCUAUAAAGUUGAAUCCUGCUAAAUCCCAUAUUUGAGGACAGAAGGUACCAUAUUUCAGCUCAUUUUUAUAGCUGGUCGCAUUACUGACUUGUAUAGCAUUACUGUCUGCAG